GUCAGAAGCCAAGGCUUCGAUUAUACAAUGGCGACGGAGGGCGGGGAGGAGGGAGGAUAGCAAAGAAAAGAGAUAAUUCUGGAGAGAGAAAGGGAGGUAGAGAUUGGAGGGGACGCACUUUAUUGCUUUUUUAUGCUGCAAGCAUCCAUGGCAAGCUGAGAAGAGGAGGAUACAGAGAGAAAGAGGCAAUUUUGAGAGGCGUACAGCGUACUACUCUCUUGCUGCUGCCGUUCCUCUUCCCUCUCCUUCCGGUCACAGUCCAUCCCCCGGAGAAAGAUAGAAGAUUUCAAACAGAAGCAGGAGCACAGGAGAGGAGAAGGGCAAAAAAAGGUCUUUGAAGUGAGAGAGCCGAGAGAUGAGAGCAGAAAGAGGAAGAGGCGCUUAAGCUUGCACCAUGUGUCAUUUGAAACGGAGGGAUUAGUAUUAUACUCCCGUUGGUGGACGCAUAAAAGAUCUCAUCUUUGUCCGGCUUCUACUAUUUCAUCUCUCAAGAUCUCUUAUUCUUCUUUCCAUCUCUGUGAGUGAGGUGAGAAAACUUAGAUCUGGCGUCUUGUAUGAAGCAUUAGAUGAGGGGUUUGCCCUAUCAUGGCCAGGGGAAGGGGGGUCUAGAAGCAGUGGAGACAAUCUUCGAGGGGAACCAGGCUCUGUUUUGGGUGAAUAAGAGGCCCAAGUUGGUGAUCCAACAGGGAAGGGAGCCAAGAUCGGUGCUUGAUCACAGGAGCCCUAGCCCUCCCACCUCCACAGCCACACUGUCUUCUUCCCUGGGCGGCGGCUCCUCCGACACCGCCGGAGUGGCGGCGGUCUCCGACAUCCCCACCAACAAAUGGGUUCUCGCCGACUCCACCGCCGAGGUGAGCGGUGGUGCGGUCGGGAAGGAGGAGUGGGCUGCUGAGCUGCAGCCGAUACCGACCGGGCUUGAUAUGGGUUUCGUUGCUGGAGGCGAAAAAUGCGGUCUUGGUGUCGACGAUUGGGAGGCGAUACUCUCGGAGACUUCUGCGGCCUCCCCUGGCCGGGAGCAGACCUUUUUCCGGUGGAUCAUGGGGGAUGUCGACGACCCCUCUGCGGCCGGGUUUAAGCAGCACCAGCAGCAGUUCCUAUCCCACGGCUCAGUGGAGUUCGAUGGCAACAGUAACGGGUUAGGGUUUGGGAUUCUCGACCCAGGCAUUGGGCUUGCAUCUAUUGGGAGGACUGCGGAUGAGGCGUCCGUCUCGGCCCCUACGGAUUCUUCUCUUCCUCUGUCUUCUAACGUUGCUUCUGGUGGUGGCUUCUCGCUCGUGAGCAGCAGUAGCAGGGUGUCUCCGGCCAUCGUGCACGCCAACAUCAAAGGGGCCACCUUCGGCCACCAAACGGGAAGUCAGUUCUUCUCGCUGCCGCCGCAGGCUGGCAACAGCAUCUCAUCGCCGCUCUCACUACCACAGGGUAUGUACUUCCCAGAUACCGUGUUGGACAAGCCACAAUUGUUUGGCCCAGGCCUUCUUCUGAAUCAGGCAUCAGCCACCCCGAACCCGCCCUUCUUCCUCAGCGCGGGGCAUGCUGAGCAGCAGCAGCUUCCGCAGCUCCUUCCACCCACCCAGCUGAAGCGCCACCCCGCCAUUGCCGACCAAAUUCCUCAGAAACUUCCUUUCCUGGACUCCGCUGCCAACUCAGAUCUUUUCCUUCGGCGACAGUCAUACCAGCAGCAAAGCCACGGCUUUCCUCUGCGUCAGCUCCAGAAUAGAUCAGUGAAGCCGAAGGUGGCAGCUUUCGUGGACGAUGUAACCUCAGCUGUGGCUGCGCAGCAGCUGCACUUACAACACGCAUUGGCCGAUCUGCUUUUCGAGGCUGCUAAGAUGGUAGAGGCCCGAAAUUUCGUCGGCGCACAUGGGAUAUUGGCGCGGCUCAAUCACCAACUCCCCUCUCCCUCUCCCUCGGGGAAGCCCCUUAUCCGCUCUGCUUUCUACUUCAAGGAGGCACUGCAACUGAUCCUUUCUAACGGAUCUAACACAAUCCUCUCUGCAACUCCAACCUCCCAUCGUCAGCAGAGCACCUUCUCUGCUCCCCUGAUGACUCAUUUGGACGUUGUGCACAAGCUCAAUGCAUACAAGGCAUUCUCCGAGGUCUCACCCAUCAUCCAAUUCUCAAACUUCACGUGCAUCCAGGCCCUCCUGGAAGAGCUCGAUGGCUGUGACCGCAUCCACAUCAUGGACUUUGAUAUUGGGUUUGGUGGACAAUGGUCCUCCUUCAUGCAGGAGCUGGCACAAAGGCGCUGUUCUUCGGCAGGUGCAGUAAGGAUGCUCAAAAUUACAGUUUUUGUGUCACAUUACUCCCAUAACAACAUGGAGCUCCACCUUAUCCAGGACAACCUCUCCCAUUUUGCAAGUGACCUUAACAUUCCCUUUGAACUUAAGGUUCGUAGCCUUGAUUCAUUUGAUCCAUUAGAGCUCCAUGGCUUGGGAGGUGAAGCCAUAGCAGUAAAUCUCCCUAUAGGUUCUGCAAACCUUUCCUUCCCAGUUCUCCUCCGCCUCGUGAAGCAACUCUCUCCGAAGAUUGUGGUCUCAGUUGACCAAGGGUGUGAUCGGAGUGACCUGCCAUUCUUGCAGCACUUCCUCCAUGCUUUCCAGUCCUCCUUGGUACUUAUGGAUUCCAUUGAUGCAUCGGGGACCAACCAAGAUACAGCCAGCAAGAUUGAGAGGUUCUUGCUACAACCGAAAAUAGAGAGUUCUGUUCUUGGGAGAUACUGUGCAGCUGACAAGAUGCUUCCCUGGCGAACGCUCUUUGAAACUGCAGGGUUUGUGCCCAUCCAAUUCAGCAAUUUUACAGAAACACAGGCUGAAUGCCUUCUAAAGAGGGUGCAGAUCAGAGGAUUUCAUGUGGAGAAGCGCCAGGCCUCUCUUUACCUUUACUGGCAGCGCAAGGAGCUUGUCUCUGUGUCAGCUUGGAGGGGCUGAAGAACUACUUUCAGACAGGCAUGUUAUCCUUGUUCCUGAUCCUUGCAAAUCUCUGGCAGAAGUUGGCACUUUAGGGCAGUCUUCUUGGACACCGAAUUUGUUCGAUCAAACAAGAAGAGUCCUCCAUUCAUGAACGACAACACAUCGAUCAAAUGACACUGGCUGCUGGGUAGUGACCUGCCACUCACUGAUGGGGCAGAUACAGUCUUUGCUCUGAGUGCAAUGAUUCAUUGUAUGUAGGGCUAACACCGGGCAAAUCAGUCUAAUUGUGAUCCAUCGGGUUAAACUAAUGUUUGUUCUUUAAUCCUUCACAUGGUCUCUGUACCAUUCCACAUGACAUCAAGUUCUACUUCAUGUUACCCCUCCACAUUCCCUGGUAGCGUGAAGCUUUUGCAGUGGUAGACAAGUUGGUCAGAAGAAGGUACCAAGCCAGGUUUGUUUGAGCAUUUGGCAUACAUAUUGUUUGGUUAUACAUCUCUCUACUGUUUACUUGAUUCAUGCCAGUCUUAGAGAUUGUGCUGUGGAUGGUGACAAGAUACUGGGGAUGCCUCAAGCUGAUCAAUCAUUUUCAUCUUCAGAAAACAAAAGCAUAGAUGAGAGAGAGUGAGAGAGAGAGAGAGAGAUAGAAUGCUGCCCUAAUGCAGAGCAUGUCUGCUGAAUUCAGUGACCAGAUGUGGUUGAAGGAUUAAAACCUUCCAAGGACACUUUAGGAUCACAGCCUGCAUUGUGGUCCUCCUCUGCACUGUAAAGCUGAGGCACUGGGGUAGGAUAUUAGAGGACCAUGUUCUUGGGAAAGAUGGGGAACUUAAGAAUCACCUCAAACGUACAAUGGGGAAAGGAAUGUACACUUUGGGAGGACAGGAAUGGCAACAAGUUGAUGUUGAUUCCAUGCAUGAGCUGCAGGCAAAGUGCAC